GGCCAGCCUGGAUGACCAGGAGCUUCUAUAGGUUCUUAGUCUCUCUCUGCUGAGCCCCAAGCUUAUCCUUAUCUCUAGAAUUUUGCUCAGCAUUUGAUUCAAGAUACGGAGGUUAGGAGUAACUGAGAAAGAAUUCUGAGUAGUCCCCUCCCAACAUCCCCAGUGCUGCCCCGUAGAACCCUUAGUCUGAGCCUUUUUUAAAAAAGAGGAAGUUUAACAAGCUUUCUGUGAUCUUUCUGAGCGUGUAAAGCUGUACAGAAAUUGACUGAGUCUUGGUGGCUAUUUUCUUCUUCACUACGGUAAACAAGAAUCUCCUGCCUAAAAGAGUAACAAAAGCCAGAGAUUGAACUUUGUGAGUCUCGUUUUUUGUAUUGCCUAUUCCUAAUUAAUUAUGUAGACCAGUUAUCCUUUAAUGUUUAAGGCUCCUCAUUGUCCUCAUUGCAGCUCUGGUGGCGCAAUGGUUAAGAGCUCGGCUGCUAACCAAAGGUCAGCAGUUCAAAUCUACCAGCUGCUCCUUGGAAACCCUACCAGGCAGCUCUGCUCUGUUUUGUGGGGUCUCUAUGAGUCAAAACUGAUUUAACGGCAACAGGUUUGGUUUGGUUUUAUUGUCCUUGUUGUUUAUAGUUAGACACAUUGUUUAUUAGAAGGUAGUGAAUAUUUGGAGCCCUGGUGGCACAGUGGGUUAAGAGCUCGGCUGGGCUGCUAACCAAAAGGUCAGCAGUUCAAAUCCACCAGACGCACCUUGGAAACCAUAUGGGGCAGUACUACUCUGUUCUAUAGGCAACAGGUUUGGUUAGGUUAGCUUAGUGAGUUUUAGCUAACAGUCUUGUUUUGGUAUACUGCUAUAACCUAUAAAUUUUUGAUACGUUUUUGCCUUUUGUAUUAUUGUUGUUAGUUUUUGGUGAGUCUCUUAAUAGGUUUGAUAAUUGCAACCUGGAAUUUUAGGGGGCUGAUAAAAAACACCGUUUUCCCUACCUAAAUCCAGAACAAGCUAAGCAACAGAUAUAUAAGUUACAUGGAUGGAGAUCAAAAUACCACUCUUAAUACUAAGAAAUCUGAUUGGAGAAUGCAGCUUAAGGGUUAUGACCUGUGGGCUUGGUGCCUGUGACACGGCAAGGACAGCCCAGCCCUCCUCCACCAAGUCAGCCCCUGGCCCCCUGACAGAGAGCAGAUGCAAGUGCAUGUUCUCUGCAGACAGGCAGAUGUCACGGAGGAGGGGCUUUGUUCAGCAUGGGGAGAAGUGAGAGGCCAGCAGUGUGGCCAGAGCGAGAGUCCCCCAACAUGGAAACAUGCAGAGUGGGGAGUGAAUGCCUCUCUCCACCCAGUCUUCUCACCCCCUUCAGCAACGUGAAAUCCUUCAUGAAAUUCAGAGAAGGAAAGAAGAGAUCAAAGAAGAGAAAAAAAGAAAAGAAAUGGCUAAGCAGGGGCCCAGGAAUGCCUGCCUUUCUGACUCCUGUAAUCCUUCCCACGGAUAAACAGACUGCCACGUGUGAAAGUACAAAGUCUCGUACAAAUGAACGCUUGGAAAUUGCGAGUUUAUCAAACCAAGAUCAUACCCCUCGGAAAGACCCAGGGGGAUACAGAGCAGCUGCCAUUCUACAUGGAGGGUCUCCGGACUUUGUAGGAAAUGGUAAACACCGGGCCAACUCCUCAGGAAGGUCUAGGCGAGAACGUCAGUAUUCUGCAUGUAGUAGUGAAGAUUCCCCUGGCUCUUGUGAAAUCCUGUAUUUCUCUGUGGGUAGUCCUGAUCAACUCAUGGUGCACAAAGGGAAAUGUAUUGGCAGUGACGAGCAGCUUGGAAAGUCCGUCUACAAUGCUUUGGAAACAGCCGCUGGCAGCUUUGUCUUGUUGUAUGAGUGGGUCCUUAAGUGGCAGAAAAAAAUGGGCCCCUUCCUUACCAGUCAAGAAAAAGAGAAGAUUGAUAAGUGCAGAAAGCAGAUUCAAGGGGCAGAAACAGAAUUUAACUCCCUGGUGAAACUGAGUCACCCAAAUGUAGUGCGCUACAUUGCAAUGAACCUCAAAGAGCAAGACAACUCCAUCGUGGUGGACAUUUUAGUGGAGCACAUCACUGGGGUGUCUCUCGCCACCCACCUGAGCCACUCAGGCCCAGUCCCUUUGCAUCAGCUUCGCAGGUACGCAGCCCAGCUCCUGGCGGGCCUCGAGUACUUGCACAGCAAUUCCGUGGUACACAAGGUUCUGAGUGCAUCCAACGUCUUGGUGGACGCCAAGGGCACCAUCAAGAUCACGGACUACAGCAUUUCCAAGCGCCUAGCAGACAUCUGCAAGGAAGAUGUUUUUGAGCAAACGCGAGUUCGUUUUAGUGACAAUGCCCUGCCUUAUAAAACAGGGAAGAAAGGGGAUGUGUGGCGUCUUGGCCUUCUCCUGCUGUCCCUCAGCCAAGGCCAAGAGUGUGAAGAGUACCCCGUGACCAUCCCUAGUGACUUACCAGCUGACUUUCAAGACUUUCUGAAGAAGUGUGUCUGCUUGGAUGACAAGGAAAGAUGGAGUCCUCAGCAGCUGUUAAAACACAGCUUCAUAAAUCCGCAGCCAAAAACGCCCUUGCUGGAACAAAGCCCUGAAGAUUCUGGAGGACAAGAUUAUGUUGAGACUGUGAUCCCUCGCAACCAGCUACCCAGCGCUGCAUUCUUCAGUGAAACACAGAGACAGUUUUCACGCUAUUUCAUUGAGUUUGAAGAACUACAACUUCUUGGCAAAGGGGCCUUUGGAGCUGUCAUCAAGGUGCAGAACAAGCUCGACGGCUGCUGCUACGCUGUGAAGCGCAUCCCCAUCAACCCUGCCAGCAGGCAGUUCCGCAGGAUCAAGGGCGAGGUGACGCUCCUGUCGCGCCUGCACCAUGAGAACAUCGUGCGCUACUACAACGCCUGGAUCGAGCGGCACGAGCGCCCGGCCGGCCCGGGGACGCCGCCUCCGGACUCGAGGCCCCAGGCCCGGAACGGGCGAAGCACGCCGGGGCCACCGGCGGGCGACACGGACGGCACGGGCAGCGUGGAGGCCGCCGCGCCACCGCCCAUCCUCAGCAGCUCGGUGGAGUGGAGCACGUCGUGCGAGCGCUCGGCCAGCGCGCGCUUCCCCGCCGCCGGCCCGGGCUCCAGCAGCGACGAGGACGACGAGGAGGACGAGCGCCACGGCGUCUUCUCGCAGUCCUUCCUACCUUCAGAUUCUGAAAGUGAUAUCAUCUUUGACAAUGAAGAUGAAAACAGUAAAAGUCAGCAUCAGGAAGAAGACAUCAGUGAGAAGAACGGUUGCCACGAGAGUGAGUCAUCAGUGACAACCGAGGCUGUGCACUACCUGUAUAUCCAGAUGGAGUACUGUGAGAAGAGCACUUUGCGGGACACCAUUGACCAGGGCCUAUAUCAAGACACCACCAGACUCUGGAGGCUUUUUCGAGAGAUUCUGGAUGGAUUAGCUUAUAUCCAUGAGAAAGGAAUGAUUCACCGGGAUUUGAAGCCCGUCAACAUUUUUUUGGAUUCCGACGACCACGUGAAAAUAGGUGAUUUUGGUUUGGCGACAGAUCAUCUAGCCUUCGCUGCUGAUGGCAAACAAGAUGACCAGGCAGGCGAUCACGUGAUUAAAUCAGACCCUUCAGGUCAUUUGACUGGGAUGGUUGGCACGGCUUUGUACGUAAGCCCAGAGGUCCAAGGAAGCACCAGAUCUGCAUACAACCAGAAAGUGGACCUCUUCAGCCUGGGUAUUAUCUUCUUUGAGAUGUCCUAUCAUCCCAUGGUCACGGCCUCAGAAAGGAUCUUUAUUCUCAACCAGCUCAGAGAUCCCACUUCGCCGAAGUUUCCAGAAGACUUCAAUGAUGGCGAGCAUGCAAAGCAGAAAUCCGUCAUCUCCUGGCUGCUGAACCACGACCCAGCCAAGCGGCCCACGGCCACAGAACUGCUCAAGAGCGAGCUGCUGCCCCCGCCGCAGAUGGAGGAAUCGGAGCUGCACGAAGUGCUACACCACACCCUGGCCAAUGUAGACGGGAAGGCCUACCGCACCAUGAUGGCCCACAUCUUCUCCCAGCACAUCCCCCCUGCCAUCGACUACACCUACGACAGCGAUAUCCUGAAGGGCAACUUCUCAAUCCGCACAGCCAAGAUACAGCAACACGUGUGUGAAACCAUUAUCCGCAUCUUCAAGAGACACGGAGCCGUUGAGUUGUGUACCCCGCUACUGCUUCCCCGAAAUAAGCAAAUAUACGAGCACAACGAAGCUGCCUUGUUCAUGGACCACAGCGGGAUGCUGGUGAUGCUCCCUUUCGACCUGCGGGUUCCUUUUGCAAGAUAUGUGGCCAGAAAUAAUAUAUUGAAUUUAAAACGGUACUGUAUAGAACGUGUGUUCAGACCUCGCAAGUUAGACCGGUUUCACCCCAAAGAACUGCUGGAGUGUGCAUUUGACAUUGUCACGUCCACCACCAGCAGCUCGCUGCCCACUGCUGAGAUCAUCUACACUAUUUACGAAAUCAUCCAGGAGUUUCCCGCGCUCCAGGAAAGAAAUUACAGCAUUUACUUGAACCAUACCACAUUAUUGAAAGCCAUACUCUUACACUGUGGGAUCCCAGAAGAUAAACUCAGUCAAGUCUACAUUAUUCUGUAUGAUGUUGUGACGGAAAAGCUGACGAGGAGAGAAGUGGAGGCUAAAUUUUGUAAUCUGUCUUUGUCUUCUAAUAGUCUAUGUCGACUCUACAAAUUUAUUGAGCAGAAGGGAGAUUUGCAAGAUCUAACACCAACAAUAAAUUCUUUAACAAAGCAGAAAACAGGUGUUGCCCAAUUAGUGAAAUAUGGUUUAAAAGAUCUAGAAGAGGUGGUUGGACUGUUGAAGAAACUUGGCAUAAAGUUACAGGUCUUAAUCAACUUGGGCUUGGUUUACAAGGUUCAGCAGCACAAUGGAAUCAUCUUUCAGUUCGUGGCGUUCAUCAGACGAAGGCAAAGGGCUGUGCCUGAAAUCCUCGCAGCCGGAGGCAGAUAUGACCUGCUGAUUCCCCGGUUUAGAGGACCACAGGCUCUCGGGCCAGUGCCCACUGCCAUUGGGGUCAGCAUAGCUAUAGACAGGAUAUCUGCUGCGGUCCUCAACAUGGAAGAACCUGUUACAAUAAGCUCUUGUGACCUCCUGGUUGUGAGUAUUGGCCAGAUGUCAAUGUCCAGGGCCAUCAACCUAACCCAGAAACUAUGGGCCGCAGGAAUCACAGCAGAAAUCAUGUAUGACUGUUCACAGUCCCAGGAGGAGUUGCAAGAGUACUGCAGACAUCAUGAAAUCACCUGUGUGGCUCUUGUCUCAGACAAAGAAGGAAGCCAUGUCAAGGUUAAGUCUUUUGAGAAGGAAAGGCAAACAGAGAAACGUGUGCUGGAGUCCGAUCUUGUGGACCAUGUGGUGCAGAAACUGAGGACUAAAGUCAGUGAUGAAAGGAAUAUCAGAGAAGCUUCCGAUAACCUUGCAGUGCAAAAUCUGAAGGGGUCAUUUUCUAACGCGUCAGGUUUGUUUGAGAUCCACGGAGCAACAGUCAUUCCCAAUGUGAGUGUGGUUGCUCCAGAGAAGCUGUCAGCCAGCACGAGGAGGCGGUACGAAACUCAGGUGCAAACCCGACUCCAGACCUCCCUUGCCAACUUACAUCAGAAGAGCAGUGAAAUUGAAAUUUUGGCGGUGGAUCUACCCAAAGACACCAUCUUACAGUUUUUAUCAUUGGAGUGGGAUGCUGAUGAACAGACAUUUAACGCAACCGUGAAGCAGCUGCUGUCACACCUGCCAAAGCAAAGAUACCUCAAGUUAGUCUGUGAUGAAAUUUAUAACAUCAAAGUAGAAAAAAGGGUGUCUGUGCUAUUCCUGUAUAGCUACAGAGAUGACUACUACAGAAUCUUAUUUUAGUUGUAAAGAACCAUCAUUACAUUGUUCGAACAGACAAAAGGACUUAUUUCUAUGGAAUGUUGUACAUUCACUGUAAUUUUGACGUAACUUUGAAUUCUAAGAAGCUGUCCUACAAAGUUGAGCUUUGUCAGUUUUUCAUGUGUAAUAUAUUAUGUUUAUCUUUUUGAAUAUAAUAAAUGCUUUCAUAUAUCUGCUUUUUCACUGUAAAUCUAUUAGCACUAAAAGUUUUUGGAGUUGGAACACAAGAAAAUAGCCUGUUCUUCCCACAGUCCUAAAGAUUAGAUAUGUGAAAAUGUCCAAACUAAAGGGCAUAAAGAAACCAAAAGUCAUCAUUACCUUAGUCUUUAUUCUUGAUAAUUUUUUAAUAUGUUUAUCCUAAGGAAAGGAGCCUGGGUGGCGCAACAGUUAAGCACUCUAACUGCUAACCAAAAGAUCAGCAGUUUGAACCCACCAAGUGGCUCUGCGGGAGAAUGACCUGGCGAUCUGCUCCCAUAAAGAUUACAGCCUAGAAGACUCAAUGGGACAAUUCUACUCAUCACAGGGGGUCACUGAAUCAAAAAUCAACUCGAUGGCACCUAACAACAACAAAUCCCAAGGAGGUUCAGCAAAGCUUUCAUCUGGUUGUGAGAACUCACUCAAACUUGCUAAAGGAACUAUGAUGAUGACAUUACAAAACCAUGAGAUUACACAUUUUAUAAAAUUGUUAGCUUUCAAUUCCAACAAGCUAAAAUAUAAGGCUAAAGCCUAUUCACUAACCAGAUCAUUCCAGAAUUAGUAGUUAUUGCCAGGAACUAUUAAAAUGGGGGUGGGAAAAGGAAUAAAUAAGAGACAGUGGUGCUGAU